UGGUUGGGCAUAAUAAAUGUUCAUCAGUAUUUUUUUAUUAAUCGUGUUGAAAACAUUGUUGAUCGAAUUGAUUACAAAAUAAUGAAAUCGAUAUUUUUUGUAUUUAUUUAUUUUUGUGGACUAUCAUUUAGUUCCGGUCACUUACUAAAAAAUUUAUUAGGUGGUUUUGGAAUUAAAAAAGAGAUAUCAAUUGGAUUUGGUGGUGGUGGUAUCGGUGGUCAUAAUACUGGUAGCGGUGGUUGUGGAAAUCCAGGAUGUGGUAAUAACGGUGGUGGAUCAUUUAACGGAGCCGGUAAUGGAGGGGGAUAUGGUGGUGGUUUCGGAGGAGGAUAUGGAGGUGGAUUUGGUGGAGGUUAUGGGGGUGGAUAUGGGGGAGGAUAUGGUGGUGGCGGUGGGGGUGGUGGUGGAGGAGGAGGAGGAUACGGAGGAGGAACAGCUGGAGGAUCAUCAGGAUAUGUAGGAUCUGGAGGUCAUCCAGGAUCUGGUCAACAAGGAUCUCUUGGUGGAAAUAUUGUAAAAGUAAUAAAAGUUGCUUUACCGGAAAUAAGUGUGAGUGGCGGUGGAAGCCAUUAUCCAAGUGGUGGUAGUGGUCAUUAUCCAAGUGGUGGUAAUAGUCAACAUUAUCCAAGCAGUGGUGGAAAUGGAUGUGGAUAUGGUGGUGGUUGUAGCUCAGGUAAUGGUAACGUUUAUAUACAUAAACCUGUUGGUGGAAAUAGUGGUAGUGGUUGUGGUCCAUCUGGAUGUGGCAGUAAUAUUUAUUAUGAAAAACAGAAACCAUCAUAUGGUGGCUCUAAUGAUUGCGGUUCUUCUGGAUGUGGUAGUUUUAAAAAAGUUAAAAUACCAAACGAAUCAUUUCAUGCUCCAUCUCAUGGAAGCCCUUGUGGGACUGGUAAUUGUGGUGGUGGUGAUAAUUAUGGUUAUGGAAAUGCUGGCUCAAAUGCAUACAGUUCAGCAAAUACAUGGUCAUCCAAUGGUAAUGAUAAUAAUCUUGGCGGUGGUUAUCCAUCAUCAUCAUGUAAUGAUUGUCAAAAUAAAUGGCCUUCCUCAUCACAUGGAGCUUAUUCUAGUGCAUCAGCACAAGCAUCUGCAUCUAGUUACGCUCAUGGAUAAAAUAGAAAAAUUAACUGUUGAUUUUUAAAAUAGAGUCUUGUGAAUUUUGUAUUAAUUUUUGUAUUUAGUUUUUUUUUUUAUAACUUUUUUAACUUUUCCAUUACUUAUUAAAAUUAUAUGGAACGAAUGCCUAACAUAAAGUAGCUGUGAAAUUAUUUAAUAAAUUUUUUUAUUCAUAUAAAUA